AUGACAUCUGGUGGUACUCAAGGGUUCACCGCACGCCCGAGGACGCCGUUUUCCGAUACAAAUGGUAACUUUGUGGGCAACGUUCACCAAGAAUGUAACGUGACCAUAUGCAUUGUUAAAGAGCUCGUUCUCGGUACCAAUACGACAGAAUUUCUCACACGAGAGGUUGAGAAUGUCAACGUUGUAGGCAGAGUUCACUCCGAGUACCCCAAUGGCAUCUUCCCCGCAAAGAAUAUUUUCACUGGCUCCGGUAGAGCCGAGGGAGCGUAUACGGUACCUCAGGUUACUUGGGAUGGGUGGAGUCGGUAUCGUCUAACCAAGGCAUCGUCGGUUCGAGCAGGCUUGCUGCCGUAUUCGAUACCACUAGCGGCGGCUGUUGCCGGAACACCGCCUGCACUCGUCGUGCUAUAA